AGCUGUACUGGCGGCAGCGGUAACAGCGGCGGCAGCGGCCGCGCUGGCGAGUGAAGUUGGGUGAAGGCGCUGCCGAUAAAAUGCAUAAGCUUAAAUCGGCUCAGAAGGACAAGGUCCGCCAGUUUAUGGCAGUUACCCAGGCUGGUGAAAGGACUGCUAUAUACUGCUUAAUGCAGAAUGAGUGGAAACUAGAAGUGGCAACAGACAACUACUUCCAGAAUCCAGACUUGUACUACAAAGAAUCCAUGAAAAUUUCAAUAGACAGAAAGAAAUUAGAACAAUUGUAUAACAGGUACAAAGACCCACAGGAUGACAAUAAAAUUGGCAUUGAUGGAAUUCAGCAAUUUUGUGAUGAUUUAAGUCUGGACCCUGCUAGUAUCAGUGUUUUGGUCAUAGCAUGGAAAUUCCGGGCAGCCACUCAGUGUGAAUUCAGUAAAAAAGAAUUUGUAGAUGGCAUGAUGGAGCUGGGGUGUGAUACCACAGACAAGUUAAAAACACUUUUGCCAAGACUGGAACAAGAAUUAAAGGAUCCAAUGAAGUUUAAAGAUUUUUAUCAGUUUACUUUUAACUUUGCUAAAAACCCUGGGCAAAAAGGUUUAGUGGAGGCAUGGCAAGCUAAACACAUCUCUGUGGAGAGUGAAGAUAACAAGCACGGCAAAGACCAAAGAACCGAUCUAGAAAUGGCAAUUGCAUAUUGGAAUUUAGUGUUAUCAGGAAGAUUUAAAUUUUUAGAUCUUUGGAAUAAAUUUUUAUUGGAGCAUCAUAAAAGAUCAAUCCCUAAGGAUACUUGGAACCUACUUUUAGACUUUGGAAAUAUGAUUGCAGAUGAUAUGUCAAACUAUGAUGAAGAAGGAGCGUGGCCAGUCCUAAUAGAUGAUUUUGUGGAAUACGCAAGACCAGUAGUCACAGGAGGAAAACGUAAAGUUUCCUAACCAUGACUUCUCAGUGGACUAAUUUUGCAGUCUGAACUGCAUCGGGUAAUGAAGACUUUUGGCCAAUAACUGUGCACACACUGUCUCCGAUUUCAAAAGUUGAGGUGGGAUGCCACUGACAAAACAGAAAUCGCUACUUCUGCUGCAAGAAAAUGAUGGCUGACUCAUGGACACGGCAAGAAGAAAUUCAAAAGAUAGCCCAGGCUAUCUGUAGGAUACUGGCUUCAAUUACUGUACUGGUUGUAUUAUAUAGGAUGUAGAUUUUGCAUGAUUUUAUACUUUGGAAAAGUUUAACUAGAGGCCAUUUUAGUAAAAUUUUAACAGCACAGCAUGCCAUUCAGUUCAUAAUACAGGGUGAACACCAGCAGUUACAUAAAUACAACUGUAUUAUAUUGUACUUAUAUUAAAAGCAGUAUUUGUGAUAUAUAAAUUA